AUGUUGAUAGAAAAUCGUUUCAGCAAUCACCAUCAACUGGUCAACACCAUUGCAUAUUGUCAACGGUUUGUGCAUAAACUUCGAUGUCGCAAUUUGUUUUCGUCCGUUGUUGUCCCACCCACUGGAAAGAAAAUAGAAAAUUUAGUUCCAAAACUCACUGCUGAAGAAAAAGAAAAUUCAGAAAAAUUCAUCAUUAAAUCACUCCAACAAUUUUUCUUCAACACUGAAAAGCAAGCAUUGGAGAAACAAGUUGAAAAUGAAACAUUGUUUUUGCCCAAAACUUCACACAUUCGUUCGCUAUCACCUUUUCUCCACGAAGGCAUAAUAAGAGUUGGUGGAAGAAUAAGUGAAGCAACUCAACUCACCUUUGAACAAAAACAUCCAAUCUUGCUUCCUCACUUCAUUUCAUUAAACACUAACACUUAG